GUUCUGUUUAGUAAAAUGAUUGUCUACUUAUUGAUACUAGUGGGUACGCUAUGGUUUGUCUUCUUUCAAAUAAAAAGGAGGCGGAUGAAGAAAUUAGCCUCCCUUUUACCGGGGCCAAAAGAAGAAUUACCACUUAUCGGCGUGGCCCAUUAUUUUCUAGGCAAUACUGAGGAUAUUAUGAAGAAUUUACAAUAUUUCAGCAAUACUACUAUGGAUCUGGGUGGAAUAAUGCGAGGAUGGCUCGGUCACAUUUUAUAUAUUAUGCUCAUUGAUCCGGUGGAUUUAGAAAUGGUAUUAAAAACGUGUAUGGAGAAGGAUGAUCUGCACAGGUUCAUUCGAAAUGUUAUUGGAAAUGGCGGGAUUUUCGCUCCAGUAUCAGUAUGGCGGAGGCGAAGAAAAAUCUUGUUACCGGCAUUUAGCCCAAAGAUAGUGGAGACGUUUGUCGAAGUAUUUUCGGAGCAGGCGGAAAAACUGGGAAACGUUUUAUCAAACGCAGCUGGCAAAGGACAAUUAAGCUUGUGGCCCUAUUUAUCAUCGUAUACUCUUGAUUCAGUUUGUGAAACCGCUAUGGGUGUAAAAAUGGGAGCUCAGGAAAAUCCGGAUUCACCAUUCGUUUCACGUAUGAGCGCAAUGCUAAAUGUGGUCUGUGAGAGGAUUUUCCAUCUCUGGCUGCAGCCGGACUGGAUUUUCAAUCUCUUCCCUCAAGCCACAGUGCAGAAAGAUUGCAUAGAUGUGCUGUACGGAUUUACUGAUGAAGUAAUUCAAAAGAAACGAAUAGAAUUGAGAGACGAAAAAAAUUCAAAACCAGAAGCAGAUACACAUUACCUUUUGGAAGAUUACAGACGAAAGAGUUUCUUAGAUCUACUAAUAUCGUUGUCUGGGGGAGAAAGAGGUUACAGUAAUGUGGAACUCCGUGAGGAAGUUCUUACCCUAACGGUAGCUGGUACUGAUACUUCAGCAGUAGCAAUAGGCAACACGCUUAAGCUCCUGGCCAAGUAUCCCAAAAUACAGGAAAAGUUGUAUGACGAGGUCAAAGAAGUAUUCGGUGAUUCCGACAGACCUUUAGUUAAGGAAGAUUUGAAUAAAUUAAAGUUUUUAGAACGAGUCGUGAAAGAGUCACUUAGGUUGUUCCCACCGGUGCCUUUUAUCAUAAGGAAAGUCCUGACGGAUACGAAAUUGCCGUCAGGAAAUAUCUUGCCAGGUGGUUCAGGCGUGGUUGUAUCAAUUUGGGGACUUCACAGAGACCCUAAAUAUUGGGGGCCUGAUGCUGAGAAUUUCGACCCAGACCGAUUUUUACCUGAACGAUAUAGUAUCCAAAACUCCUGUAGUUUCAUGCCCUUUAGUAGUGGACCGAGAAACUGUUUAGGAUAUCAGUACGCGUUGAUGUCAAUUAAAACAGCUAUAACCGGUGUGGUGAGAAAAUACCGGAUUAUUGGUGAGGAGGAAACCAGCCCUGCACCAAGUAUGAGAGUGAAAAUGGAUAUCAUGAUGAAGGAUGUUGAUGGGUACCAAAUGGGAUUGGAAAAACGUUGACAAUAUGGAAAUUAUACACAAAUAUAACUCUCUGUGCCAAAAAUAAUAUGGUAGCAAAAAAAGAGGAUAACACGCAAACGCAAUAACUUCGAUUUUGCAGUUGGCUAAUUAUAAUUGUGGUGGAUUUAAUGGUGGAUGAAAGCGAUUAUUAAAAAUAUAUACGUCAUGAAUUUUUUUUUUAAAACAUGAAAAACUGUCCAUGUGAAUUAAACAAUGGAGCCAACCAAAACAUAAUAACAAAGGUAAUGGAGCGAAUACCAAUUUGUUAUAAAAAUUAAUCAAAAUGUGACAUAGAGUUAUGAAUAUGACUACGUAUUUAUCUGUAUUUAAUAUCUGAAAGUAUUACUUAUAUUUUAAUAAAUUAAUCCUAAA